AUGAAAACUUAAAUAAUAAUCCACUCAAAUUUUAAUAAGAUGAUUUAACAUCUCAAUUUAUAAUAAACAGUGCAUCUGUAAUUUUUAUUUGGUUAGUUUAAUUCUGAUAUACAUUGCUUCAAAAAAGAUUACAAAUUAUUUACAUCAAAUUGA